AUGGAACUCCAUCACACACUUCAUUCGCAUAUCAUUGGAAAAGGUGGAAGGGGAAUUCAGAAAGUAAUGAAGAUGACUUCAUGUCAUAUUCAUUUUCCGGAUUCAAACAAAUAUUCAGAAUCCAAUAAAAGUGAUCAAGUUUCGAUAUCUGGAACUCCAAUGAACGUUUAUGAAGCUUUGAAACAUUUGAGGACAAUGUGUCCUCUGACAGUUUAUAUGAAACUUCCAUGGUACAAUCCGGGAUCUCCUGACCUUCGACCGCUUAUGUCCCAGAUGGAUUUAGAAUUUUCAGUAGAACAAAACAUUUAUACUUUAGCUAUAAAAAUGACUGGAAGUCAAGAUGCUAGUGUUCUUUUUGCAAUUCGUUUAGUUCUACAUCACUUUCUUUUGACAGAAGAGUAUUUGAAUAUUUCUACAACAGUAUUGGCGAGAGAGGAGCUCAAUUAUCAAUUGGAAAAUAUAGAAGAACACAGAGAAAGACUUCGGGAAGUUUGUAACAAAAACAAUGUAACAAUCCAAACAUUCCCGGAAACACAGUCAAUUUCAGUUGUUGGACCACCGGCUGGAGUUCUCAAUGUUCGGAAAAUGUUGAUUGGUUUUGCCAAUGUAACCGUCCAGUUUGAUUGUAAUGUGAUGGAUAUUCAUUAUCCCGUUCAACAGCUAGAGCAAGAAAGAGGACUUCAAAUUGGAUGUAAAAGAAAAAAUGGAGAUGUUAUGACAAUAACCAUGAAAUCGACGGAAUCAAAGCUAGCAGAAGUACUUCAAUCUCGGGAAUUACUCCUCGCUCUUCCGCCAACAACAUAUUCUUGUACAGAUGAUUAUGAUCCAAAUCCUGUUAUGAAUAUAUCUGGUCCAUCAUUGACACCACUUCAAACUGAAAUGGCUUCGGGUGUACGUGUCUUUUUAACUCCUCCGAUUGAAUCACCUAGAUCACCAGAUCCAGAAGAUUCUCCAUUGGCUGCGUCUAUUCUAAAAGGAGCCAAAGAUAUCAGCAAAAAUAGUGAUAUCUGGAAAAAGAAGCCGAAAGCUGAUAGAGGAGAGAUGCUAAUGAAAGCAACACAGGCGAUAUUCGAUGACACCGUACUCUCCAGUCCAAGAUAUCCGACUGAUUUAUGGUCUGGAUAUGGUUUCAGUUCUUCUCUUCCAGCUGAUUUACUUAAAGGAAUGUUGGAUUUAUCGACAAACGAGCAGGCUACAGCCAGUUCAUCUCUUCCCAUGAAUCAUUCUCAACGCGGAUUAUGCAGUGUACGAGAAGAGGAUGAAGAGCUUUCAGAUUUCUCCGCUUCAUCAACGAAUUAUGGAAUGUCGAGAGUAUUUGAACAACCAUCCAGAAAUGUAUUCUCCGCAUCAACUUCCGUUUUUGAUUCCAAUUCUCUUCCUUAUGAUCUACAAUGGGAUAUCAACUAUUUCACGGAUCCUUCAAUGGUACUUGCUCAACUUGGCUGUAGUGAGUAUAUGAUCCAGUUGCGGGACCAGGAAAUCGAUAUGCAUGCAUUCUUGUUGCUUGACGAACAAAACUUGAAGGACAUUGGAGUGUCUACUAUUGGUGCUCGCAAAAAGAUCCAUCACGCAAUUCUAAGUGGGUUUCUCUUCUGUCUUGUUCUCGCGGCUAGAGAACAUAAUCCGCAUUUCCAUAUCACCAUGACAACAUUUACAGAGCUCCGCGACUCGGCACGCCUCAACGGAUACGCUGUCUAA